UGAAAGUAAAAAUAGAAAAAAAAGGUAACAGACGUUUCGGAGUAAGUUCGCUGGGUAAAUUUAGCCUUUGUCAAUGUCUUAUUUUUAGCUGAAAUCUUCAAGAUGUGUGUUUUAUUUCUCUAUUUCAAUGACACACCAGAACCCAACAAAUACAGGUUGAUCGUUGCUAGUAACAGGGAUGAAUUGUGGGAUCGAGCGACCAAGCUGCUAGGUUAUUGGGAUCAAGACAAAAACUGCAUGAGUGGGCAAGAUUGCCAGAAAGGGAACGCAGAAGGAAGCACUUGGCUGGGAAUGUCUAAAACUGGGAAAUUUGGGGUACUUUUAAACAUACUGGGAUUCAAUGACAGCCAUAGAGAGAGCAGAGGACAUUUAGUAAGAAAUUUCCUUACUUCCGACCUAGAUUGUCAUUCCUAUAUAAAACAGUGUGUACGACCAAACAAGGAUUUAUACAACGGUUUUCAUCUUUUACUUCUUGACUGCAGUGGUGAAAAAACAGACGUGGCUUAUUUCAAUAAUAAAAUAGACGCUUGUAAUUGUGAAGAUAUUCCUCAAGAAAAUGAAUUUAUCUGCCUGGGGAAUUCUGUGUGUGGAAAGACACCAUGGAAGAAAAUGGCAAGAGGAAAGGAAUUAUUUAAAAAUAUCAUAAGAGACUUUAAUAACAAGGACAAGAAUGCAGAACUAAAGAACAAACUUGUCUCAUUGCUUCAAGAUAGAAAAAGUUUUGCAGAUGAUAAGCUCCUAAAAUGCCAGGCUCAAAAUAGUCAUCCAGAAGAAAGUCCAGAAGACCUAGACAGACGUGUUCGUAGACUGAGUUCCUUAUUUGUAAAGAUGCCCGAAAAACGUUAUGGAACCAGGACCCAUUCAAUUAUUACUGUGGACUAUGAAGGACAUUGUGAGUUUUUGGAGAAAACACUAGUUACUCCUGUUGAUGAAGAUAACUUUCAAUGGAAGGACACAGUGUUACAGUUUGACAUACAAACCUCAAAGUAAAGACAAUCAGCAUGUGAGAACUGUAUGCUUAGCUUAAAAUAUUUAUAUAGCAUUACAGCUGUAUUACAAAGUUUUGUUCGUCGUCAUGUCUAAAAAAAUAUUUGGUUGCCCUUCCCCAAUCAACUAGCAAAAAAUGACUUGACUUAAAUCUUUUUGCUUUUAAGUAAGCCUUUGCUUACUUGAGCUGAAAGCUAAGGUAAGCUUUUCUGAUCAGCUGUUGUCUGUCAUCCAUCCAUCUGUAAACUUUUUAUAUUUUACAUCUUCUCAAGAGCCAUGAGUCUAUUUUAACUUAAGUUUUUCACCUUUCUACCAACCCUGUUAUUUCAUCCUGUUAAGCCAGUUUCGAGAUUGUAGCUCUCCUAUGAUAGAAUUCAUAAAUGAAUAUCCUCUGCCUGCUUACGCGGAAAAAAAAAAACUCGUACAAAAGAAUGGACCAAGGGAGAUAAUCACAAAUUUGUGAAUUGAGAGAGGGUAAACAAACAUUACUUUUAAGUUGGCUCUACAAAACUAAUAAAUAGUCAAGUUACUUUUAUGUGAAUAAUUGUCUCACAGAAAUGUGUUUUUGUCCUGCUAGCAGUGCCUGUCCAUUAAAAGUCAUAAUUAUAAUUUUUUCCUCAAGGGAAUAAAUUAGUAUUGUAUUGAAUAGAUUAUUAACUGAAUGUAAUGAAUCAAUAGAUACAAUUCAAUCCAUUUUGCUAGACUGUUGUUAGUGCACCCCCACUUUUUUGUACUAUAAUAUGUACAGCUACAUCUGUGAUAAGCCCAACGUCCCUUAUAUUUUUUUUUUUUAGAUUUUCAUGGUGAUCAUGUCUACUAAAUGAAUACUCAUGGGUGCACAUUCCAUUGUACCAAAUUUUCAUCAUUCUUCAGUGUGACUUAAUAAAAUUAAUUUAUUUAAAAAAUACAUAUAUAUACAUGUACAUGAAGUACUAGUAGAUACAAGUUUAUUAAAACUGUUUACAGGGUUAUUUUCGCCCCAUGUUUUUUUCACCCUUUUAUACUUGCUUUCAAAUUUGCUCCAUUUUAAAUUUGCCUAGUCUCAGUUCUGUUUAAGAAUUUAAACUGUGUUCUUUGUAUUCACCCCGUUUUAAAUUCGCCCUCUUGUGACAAAGGCGAAAGGGUCGAAAUUAAAACAGGGGCGAAAAUUUCCCUGUAUACAGUAGUAAGAGUAGUUAAAAUGAUAUUCUCUGUUCUUACACUGCAUGUUUAAUUGACGGUAUCUUCAAGUUUUACUUGAAUUAACAAUAUCAUGAAUUCAAAUACUUAUAUUGUAAACUAUAUUUUGUUAUUUGUUUGUUUUAUCAUGAUUGAUCUCUCAAACUGAAGAUAAUUUUAUAUAACUUAGCAAAUGAUAUUCAAAUUUCUUGUUAUUUCUUUCUGUUACUUAUAGUUAGAAAAAAGUUUUAUAUACAUGUUAGAUAUCAAAUGGACCACUUCAGGUGCUAAUGCUUUGUUUAUAUUUUUAUACAUGUAAUAACAAGCAUUGUAUAAUUAUCUUUAUGUUUAAUUCUUUAUUUAAAAUUCUUUGUGAUGCUCAAUUGUAAUAAAAUCUAAAGCCUA